ACUUUUGUUUGGAUACUCACAUAUAUCGAAUCGCGCACAGCAGCUCCUCAUUUCAUUUACCGCCAAUUCAACUCGCAUGAGAUCGGUUUAAUUUUUCUUUCAUUUCGUGGUUGUUAUUAUUGUUUAAUGCGAUUAAGAACCGCAUCAUUUUAUCAGAAUGAACGACGGUCGGAAUUGUUAGGCAUUUCCAUUUCAGUGCUAUUCCAUAAGCAAUGAAAAAGACAUAAUAAUUGUUGGUGUAAUUUUGCGGAAAAUUUAAUUGUGUAUGUGAUUAAAGUGUAAGAGAACGAAGGAUUCGAAAAUUACUCCAAAAACGCAUAUAAUCUUUUGGAUUCGCCGUAGUGCUGGGAAUAAAAUAUAGAAACAGUGUAAUCAUUCGAUUGGUAGAAAUAACAUAGAACAAUUGGUUGUGCAAGUUGAAGAAUGAACCUGAAAAUGACGGAAAAAGUUCUUGUUAAGUUGGUGGGAUUGUGGUUUGCGUUAUCGGUUGGUACCUUAGCAGCUACAGUCAGCCCGUCGACAUCACCCGCUGAAAAUACCAAAUUGACGCCAGCCUCUUCAUCACUGGGCCCGAUUUAUCGCGAAGCACGUGACUACAAUGCGCACGAAUCUGGCGUCGGCGGCGGCGGUGGCGGUAGUGGUGGUUACAACUAUCGACCAUAUGAUCGACCUCAACAGAGCAGAUGCAUCAGUUGCUUAUAUGCGGCAAUGACUGGCAAUCAAGAUAGAGACAGGUAUUAUGACCAAUUUUAUUAUAAUUAUAGACCGGGCUAUCCAUCACAUGGUGGUGGUGGUGGCUAUGGAAUGUCAGGUGGUGGCUAUGGAAUGUCAGGUGGUGGCUAUGGAAUGUCAGGUGGUGGUGGUGGCUACGGAUCGCAACGUGAAAACGAAGAUCGAAAUUGGUACUAUCAACCAGAUGACCGCAACCGGAAUUCACAAUAUGAAAAUCGAUACUAUCAACAACAAAACCGUAAUGAUUAUCGGCCUGGAUCAGGAUCAGGAGGAUAUGAUCGCAAUGACUACAGACAAAAUUAUCAAGAUUAUCGAGGAAAUGGAUACGACAAUCGCGAUCCAGCCUAUUUCAAUGCAAUGAGAGGAAGUGGAGCAGGAGGAGUAGGAGGAGCAGGAGGAGCAGCAGCAUCAGGUGGCAAUCGUGGUUAUGCUAAUCGUGAUGGUUCAUAUGAAUCAUACUAUGAUGAUCGAAUGUCAAACCGAGGAUAUAGUACCAGUGCGGGAGGAUAUGGACCUCAAAAUUAUUACAUGCGGCCCAGCUAUCCCAACAAUGGCUACGACCAAGACCGGUAUUAUGCACAAGGCCGACCAUACGAUAGACCCGAACGACCUGAACGACCCGAACGACCCGAAUACUACGAUCGAAACACGGGCUAUGGUGGAGGAUACGGAAGCAGUGGCGGCUAUGGUGGUCACAGAGGUGGAAGUAGCAGUGCCUACGGAAACGAUGAAAUAAGCUUUCGUCCAUGGGAUCAAACUUACCGAGGUGUGUCUGGCUUUGAUAGCUUAGGUCAUGGACAUUAUUUUGCCAGUUAUCCAAAUAGUCACAAUAGUGGUGCACAACCGUCGUUACCACAAAACAAUCCUCAUCAACAAGCACCUCCACGUCCAUUUCAACAUCAAAGCGGUCAUCAUGAAUCGUCCGGUCAAUCGCAUCAUUCGCAACACAAUUCGUACGAUUCCGAUUCGUUAGGCGGUCAUGGUAGCAGCAGCAGCAGCGGUAGCAGCGGCAACAGUAACAAGGGAUCUUAUGGUGGAAAUUGGAACUACAUCAAUUCUAACGAUCGAAACAGUGUGCACGGCCAAGGCCAUCAAGGUUACAACAGUCAGUCACAAGAUAAGGACACACCACAGAGCUUCUUUCUUUCACCUUUGCUAGCUCUUCCUACGGUGAAAGACCAGGACAAAGGCCAUUGAGUACGAGCUAUUUACAUGAACGAGAUACACCAACCGUUAUUUCCGGUGACAAUGCUUCCGAUGCCGCCAACACCACCGUCAACCAAAUGAAGCAAUCGAAAACAAACAACAGCGAUAAUGACAAGAGUAACGUCAAUAGCACCGAUAAAACCAACACCAUUGACACACUCAAAAAUCCAAUUUACGAAUCGAAUACGGUGUCGACCGCUUCAACGGAUACCCAUCAAUAGUUUUUGAAUGUCAACAUGACGUGUGAUGCACAAUUAUCAUCAAAUCAGCGACUCUAGUGGACUCACGAUUUGACUAAAUUUUUAUUUUAAAUUUAAAUUCCGAGUUUUAGUGAACUGAUGGGAGAAAACCCCGUAUUUAGCACCAAAAACAAAACAAAAAUCAAACCCACUAUAUCUCCCAAAAUCCCUUGCAAUAUUGAACAAAGGAGAAUUUCAUAGUUAUUUAUUUCUUUUUCGAGACAUUCUGCGAAAUUUCAAGCCAAAUUUACAGUAUACAUUUGGAGUGUGUUCAAGGUGCUCAACUCUUAACGCUUGUUGCGUUUAAUCGUUGCACUUUUGAUAUUUUCAAACAAAUUGAACAUUGCCCGUUUUUUUAGUGUUGGACAAAAAACAAUCAAAAUGUGAAAAGCAACGUUGUGAUGCUCUCUCCCUCACCUUUACCAAUCCGUUUCCACUUUUCCACUGGAAAUAAUUCGUUUGGUCCAUUAAUCCUAAGCUUUAGUUUUUAUCGAUUUUAAUUAUAAAAUUUAACUUAAUCUAAAAUUAUAAUAAAGACAAGCAUUUACUUUUAUUGCAUAAA